AUGCCUCUUGAGGAUGCGGCGUUUGGUCGGCACUUCGUGCCUGAUGACGGCCCUGCUGCUGAGGUCCUGGCUCGCAAACGCGCCGCCACCUAUCAGCGCCUCACUAUGCAGCUGACGCUGGAGUCGCUCUUGUCUGGUGCGAGGCGCAUGACGCCCUUGCGGGCGCAAGCACUUCUCGAGCCAGAGGACAGCUCCUUUGUCGAGUCGCCCGAGGGGGAGUCUUCGCCGGAGGUCUCCAACUCCGAUGGGGGAAACACGUCGAGUGGCGCCGACGAUCGGCGCGGAGCUGGCGAGGCGGCUCCGUCCCUCACUGUGACGUCGGGUGCCUCCGGAGAGCUCGACACCACUGGGGUGCUUGCUGCUGGUCCGAGCUCGCCUGCUUCCUCCCCGGCAGCGUCUGAGAAGAUUCGCAAACAUCGCGCUGCAUAUGCCAUGACUACUCCUCCUCGAGCGUUCAUCCCUCUUGCCAUCUCGACGGACGGUACCCUGCAUCCUGACACCCUCCGCUUCAUCUGGAACAAGCUGCACUUCGUGCCUGAUGACGGACCUGCUGCUGAGGUCUUGGCUCGCAAACGCGCCGCCACCUAUCAGCGCCUCACCAUGCAGCUGACGCUGGAAGCGCUCUUGUCUGGUGCGAGGCGCAUGACGCCCUUGCGGGCGCAAGCACUUCUCGAGCCAGAGGACAGCUCCUCCUCGGACUUUGUCGAGUCGCCCGAGGAGUCUUCGCCGGAGGUCUCCAACUCCGAUGGGGGACAUAGGAUUUACUGGCAGAAUGCACACAGCGCACAGCGAGAAGCUGCACAAUCACACACAAAACACAAGCCCGAGAAGAACCAGCACUGCUGGCACCCAGACGCGGCAUCGCCAGCCCAAGCGCGAAGCCGCGCAGACAAGCAGCCUAAGGGUCAGGCAAUCAAGCAACAAGCAGCAGGAGCAUGCAGGAGGAAGAAAAUCCCUUAG